AUGUCCCCACUCCCAAAGAGGAAAAAUUGGAAAGCCUUAAACAUUUCUUUUUAAGAUUCAGAUUUGGAUCCUCUGCAACACAAGUAGGUGAAGGAAAAGGAAUUAUGAAACUGUAGUAGAAGUAGUACCCUUCUGAUUAUGUUCUUGUUUUUUUUGUUUGUUUCAAGUUAAGGAAGUCAGAAGAACAGUCUCUUCAGUUUUAGGCUUUUGUUCUUCUUGGUCACAACACACUGGUGUUGAUGGUGAUUGUAGAAAUUUGUAACAUGCAUAUUCAGUUUCUUGUGAUUAUUCCCUUGGAAAUCUGAUCUGGGUCAUCUUUUUUUUCUCCAUUUUCACACUGCUCGCUUUGUGUUUGUUAGUUUGUCUCAACGAAUCUCAGAAUCAAAGGGAAAUUGGUUGUGGUUUUUUAUUUGUCUGGUUUCAAAUUUGGUACCAAGUUUGUUCAUUUCACUGGUUUUUUUUAGGUUACUUUGUUGCUAUUGAGUUCUUGGUAUUGGGGUAUUUUUGUUUUUUGUUUUGUUUUGGGUGAGAUGAAACAUAUAGGGUAGGCUGGUUCUGGUUUUGGGGUUUAGAAUAGAUAAUGGGAUCUCAAGGUGGAACAAUCCAAGAGGCAAAGAAUGGGCCAUUGGCUAGGCAAGGGUCUUUGUACAAUCUUACUCUUGAUGAGGUGCAAAACCAGCUUGGGAAUUUGGGGAAACCCCUGGGAAGCAUGAAUCUGGAUGAGCUUCUCAAGAGUGUGUGGUCUGUAGAAGCUGGUCAGGCCUCUGGGUUGGAUUCUGGCACUGAUGCUUACAUGCAACAUGGUCAGGUAGCUUCUGGUUCAUCUAUGAUUCCACAGGGGGGCCUAACAAUGUCUGGGGAACUUAGUAAGAAAACUAUUGAUGAGGUUUGGAAGGAUAUGCAACAGAAGAAGGGUGCUAAUCAUGAUAGGAAAACUCAAGAUAGACAAGUUACACUGGGUGAGAUGACCCUGGAGGAUUUCCUAGUGAAGGCUGGGGUGGCUGGUGAAUCUUUUCCUACUGAGGAUAAUGCAACAUCAGUGGUUGAUUCACAGCAGAAUGCGUCUCAGCAGGCUCAUUGGAUGCAAUACCAGCUCCCUUCAGUGCAGCAGCAGCAGCCCCCACAACAACAGCAUCAAAAUCCGCAGAACAAUAUGAUGACGGGGUUUGCAGGAUAUAUGGCUGGUCAUGUGGUUCAGCAGCCUCUCGCGGUUGCGGUGAACCCAGUUUUAGAUGCAGGAUACUCUGAAGCAAUGGUGACUGUGUCACCAUCUUCUUUAAUGGGUACCUUAUCAGAGUCACAAACUCCGAGUAGGAAAAGGGUUGCCUCUGGUAUUGUGGUUGAGAAAACUGUGGAGAGGAGGCAGAAGAGGAUGAUUAAAAAUAGGGAAUCUGCAGCUCGCUCACGGGCUAGAAAACAGGCUUACACACAAGAACUGGAAAUUAAAGUUUCACGUUUAGAAGAAGAGAAUGAGAGGCUUAGAAGACAACAUGAGAUAGAACAAGUAUUGCCAAGUGUGCCACCACCUGACCCUAAGCACCAGCUUCGAAGAACGAGUUCAUCUCCGCUUUGACAGGUUCAUUGGAAAUGGAUUUCGUGCAAGGUUUCAUGCACUUCCAUAGUCAUCAUUUGCAACAUAUAUUUGUAACAAGUUUCCAACACUUGGAAGGCUAUUUUCCUAUGGGGCAGUGCUAGUAUUUAUUCUCUUCAGCUUAUCCUCUUGUAAGAGUGUUUUCCUGUAUGUACAUUUCCUAAGCUCGACUUCUAAUUUACCUAGCACUAUAAAUAUGUUUUGCUCUAAUUGUGGACACAUUGUGACUUUACUACCGAGUUUUUUACCUUA